UGUGACACGCGAUCUUUACCAAGUAAGUUUGGUAAGAAGCCGGAUUCAGGCUGUGUCCAGACACACCACAAAGCUAGCAAAACUCAUCCGUAAAGCCACCUAGAGGUUGUUGCAAUGGAUAACUACAAGGUGUUGCAGAGACUGGGCAAAGGAGCUCAGGGGUCUGUGUUUCUGGUGGAGGAUAAGGAAACGGGCCAAAAACUUGUGCUCAAGAAGGUGGAAUGCAGCGAUGAAGCUCAAGCUAACAAAGCCUUCAAAGAGGCAGUGGCACUAGAGAAGCUCAAGCACCAGUACAUCUGUGGCUACAGAGAGUUCUUCAUUCUCUGGGACUCACAGGACUGUGCCAUCUUUGUGUGCAUUGUGAUGGACUUCUACAAGAUGGGGGACCUGGACAUGGUGCUCAAGGCCAAGAGAGAAAAGGGAAUAGCUCUGGAGGAGUUGGUCCUCAAGAAGUGGAUAGGACAGCUCUUAGAGGCACUUCACUACAUGCACAGUCAGGAGACCAUUCACAGAGACUUGAAGCCCAGCAAUGUCUUCCUCAAAGAUGACAUGUCCAUUACUAUUGGAGACUUUGGAGUCGCCACGGUAAUGGGCAAUAUACGGACCAUCACCAGGACAACCGUUGGCUCUAUGAGUUGGGUGGCUCCUGAAAUACUGGACAUGGACUCAAAGUACGAUGAGCGUUCUGAUAUCUGGUCCCUGGGCUGUGUGAUUAUUGAGAUGGCCACCUGCAGUUUCAUGGACUCAGCACAGAUAUCCGUGGUCCUCUACCAGAUCAAGGACGACCCCAACAUACUGGAGGACAUUCUAACGGAGGUCAGCUCUCAAUACUCACCCCAACUCACCAAGCUGAUUCGGAUGUGCCUCAUUCGGGCGUUUGAGCAAAGACCAUCAUCUGAGGAUCUGGUGAAGCUGCCGUACCCUCAAGAGUGCCUGGGGCUCAGCUCCUCACACCUGUACAAGGGUGGAGCAUCUAAAGGUGGUGAAGGUCCCGUGGAGUCUGUGCCUGAGGGGAGUGGUGUGGGGGAAGUCAUGCAGUAUCUCCAGACCCACUCGGAGAAUGAGAAGGGGGUGGAGCUUGGACUCACUGCUCUACUGACCCUCUCGUCAAAACAAGAUGGCUGCCUUGGUGAUGAUGUGAAGAGGGGACUGCUGAGUGUGAUGAGGGACUUCCCCUCCUCCCUCACUGUACAAUCUCUCUCCUGCCAGAUCCUGGAGAGCAUUGCAGUCACUGUUGGAGAGGGUGAUCUCAUUUUCAGUACUGAGUGUGUCAAGACAGUGCUGCAAGCUAUGAGGCGUCACUCUGAGUCCAUUGAGCUGCAGAGGAGUGCCCUGAGCCUAGUCACAACUCUCUCCACUGAUGAGGAGACAGCUGUGUGUCUGGGUGCAGAGGGAGGGAUCCAAGAUGUCCUGGCAAUAAUGAGAGGCCUCUCUAACCAGUCGACUAUUGUGGCCAGCUGUUGCACUGCCCUCUGGAGUCUCUCCAUUAUUGAUGCCAAUCUAGAGAUACUGACAAAAGAGAAGGCUGUGGCUGACGUGUGCAAGGCUCUCCAGAGCUACGGGGGUGACUCUAAUCUAGUCGACUCUGCUUGCUCUGCACUCUGGUCUCUCUCUAUGAACGAUGCCAAUCUGGAUAUUAUGCUCGACUUUGGGAUAGUGGAUCUACUGCUUAAGACAGUGAUAUUGUUCAUUGAGAAUCCUGUGAUAGUUAAAUUUGCAGUCGCUGCUCUUUCCUCUCUGGCACAGGUUCACGAAAUAUCUGCCUACCACAUUGUACGGACUGAAGAAGGCGUCGACGGUCUCCCCGUGCUAAUCAAGGCUCUACGCCAACAUUCCGACAAUCUUGAAGUGGUAGAAACACUGGCGUGUUUAUUCCAUGACCUCACAGAGUAUGGCGAAGUGAAGGAGGAGUUAAGGUCACUCAAGGUAUGGGAACAUCUGUCAGAAGUUGAGAGCAAGUGCUACCCAAUUAAAGCUGACGAGGCAACUCUAGCUCUCACUGAAGCAAUGGCUGCCCUAACGACUGGCAGUAGCCGUCCUAGCUCUGCAGCUCAGAAAAGAGCUGGCUCUGCAAAACAAAGAACCAAAUGAACUAUAACGAGAACCCAAUCACUUUACUUGCACUUUGUCAUUGACACUAUAGCUACUUACUAGAGUGUUAAUUUAUAAGUAAAUGUUAAUUCAUUUAUCACUUCAGAAAAAUCCAUGGCAAUUAAAUUAAAUUUCAUUCAUGAAAAUAGCAUUGUA